AUGGGGAUGGGAAUAAACCUCGGCAACGUGCUCGAUGCGCCGAAGGAGGGCCAGUGGGCGGCGCCUGCAGAAGAGCGAUACUUUGACUCUUAUGCUGCGGCCGGCUUCCGGUCGGUGCGCGUUCCGUGUCGCUGGUCUCAGCACACGUCGACAACCCCUCCUUACAUCACCGCACACAAUCCAUUCCUGGCGCGUGUAUUUGAGGUCGCUGGCUGGUCAAUCUCUCGCAAGCUUCGGACUGUAAUCAACGCGCACCACGAUGAUUGGCUCGAUGGCGCGGCUGAUGACGCGGCAUUUACGAGGGCGCUGGACCGUCUCGUCGCCAUCUGGCGUACCGUCGGCGAACGCUUCGCCCACGUCCCCGACAACCUGCUCGCCUUUGAGGUGUACAACGAGCCCCACUUAAACAUGACGACCCGCUGGCUCAACCGGAUGAAUGCCGCAGUGCUCGCGGCCAUCCGCGAGACCAGCCCGACGCGUACCGUCUUUCUGGGUGGGCUGCGGUGGAUGAACCCGCACUGGAUCGUGACCAACCCCGACGCCAUCGACCUGUUGCCCGAGCCGGCGCCGUCGGACCCGCACGUGGCACUCGAGGCACCUGUUCACUCCUACAAUCCGUUCGACUUUUGUGGCGGCGACGGGGGUAGGCCGCCGCGCGUGCACUCGUGGCCCGUCGGCGCCGUAGAAGAUUGGGCAACGCAGCUUCACGCGUGGGCGGAGCGGCGCAACGUCUCCAUACUGCUCGGCGAGUUUGGAUGCACGCGCCGGCAGAGCAACGCGAGCGGCCGCCUCGCGUGGUACGCCGCGUCUGCCGCUGCGGUCGCGCGGCACGGUUUUGCCGCGACGGUGUGGGACGAUUCGGGCGACUUUGCCGUCUGGGACCGCAAGACCGGCGCGUGGGACGAGGCGGUGCUCCGUGCGCUAGGGCUCGAGGGCGCAGCAACAUCGCCAGCGCGGGGCUGGCCCGGUUUCCCCGCUGCGAGGGGAAUGGAUGGGUUGCCGCCGCUCUUGGGCGACACUCGGCUACCCGGGCCCUCGUGGCGCCCAUUCGACUACGGGCAGGGCGGGAGCUUGGGCGGGGAGGUAGUGAGAGGUCGAGGCGCGCAGGUCGCGUGA